AACAAUCUCACGGGGAAAAUACCUGAUCAGUUUCCAGCGUUGUGUGCUCUAAGGACUCUAGAUCUUAAUGGAAAUCAAUUAGAUGGACCAAUACCAAAGUCUCUUGCUAAUUGCAUGACGCUGGAGGUACUGGACCUUGGAAACAACCGCAUUAUUGAUGGCUUUCCAUGCUCAUUGAAGAAAAUAUCCAUGCUACGUGUCCUGGUGUUGCGACAAAACAAAUUCCAUGGCUCCAUUGGAUGCUCCAACACCAGUGAUAUCGGCAGAUGCUUCACAUUGCCGAUCUAGCUUCAACAAUUUCAGUGGUAAACUAGCAUUAAAAUCCUUCACAACUUGGCAAGGAAUGAUGCCCAUUGGAGCACAAACCCUUCAGUAUGAGAUCCUUGAAACUGGUAAUGUUUAUUACCAGGAUAGAGUGAGCAUUAGUAGUAAGGGUCAACAGGUGCUGUGGGUUAAAAUUUUAACCUUCGUCACUGCUAUUGACUUCUCAUCCAACUUUCUUGAAGGGCCAAUACCAGAAGAAUUGAUGAAUUUUAAAGCACUAUAUACUCUCAACUUGUCAAAUAAUGCUCUCACCGGCCUGAUACCAUCAUCUAUUGGGAAUUUGAGGAAGCUUGAGUCUUUGGACCUGUCAAAUAACUCAUUGACAGGGAAAAUACCAGCACAGAUGGCAGAUUUGAAUUUUCUUUCAUCCUUGGAACUCUCAUAUAAUCAUCUAGUGGGAAGAAUUCCAUCUGGUACUCAGAUCCAAUCAUUUGAGGCAUCUUCUUUCAUAGGCAAUGACGGGCUAUGCGGACCUCCUUUGACACCGAAUUGUAGCACCAAUGAAAUACCCGGGAUGUCACGAUCGUCCCACUCUGAGAGCUCAAUUGAUUGGAAUUUUAUAAGCGGUGAAGUGGGAUUUGUUUUUGGGAUUGGAAUUGUCCUUUUGCCUCUGCUUUUCUGGAAGUCAUGGAGAAUAUGGUACUGGGAACACGUGGAUGACUUGCUUUAUAGGGUCUUCCCGCAGCUGAAUUUUGUGUACGAAUGCCGUGGAGGGAAGCAUUACAGAACUCUACGGUGGCAGUCUCACUAACCCCCAGCGUGAAGUAACGAACUGAUGAGAAGAGAUGCUGCGCAUAUUGUCACUAUAAGUCUCUCAUUUAAAUGAUUUUCGUGACGUGCCGUCGUAAAAUGAAUAUCUCUCUUAUUAUUCUCCAAUGAAAAUUUGAUGUUUUUCCUCCUUAUGGAAUAAAGAAAGUGAGGUAUGUAAGACUGAGUCCUAUAUUUAAAGGUACUUUUAUCUUCCUGAU